AUGCUGUGGCUGUGGUUACCUGGGGCCUCCUGCAUGGCAGCUCUCCCACUGACACUGGUGGUGCUGAACCUCCCUCUAGCUUUGGCCAGGGGCCGCCAACCUCGUUUCCUGGAGCAGGUGAAAGGCGAGUGCUAUUUCUACAACGGGACGCAGCAGGUGCGGUUUAUAGUCAGAGUCAUAUUUAACCACGAGGAGUACGCACGCUUCGACAGCUACGUAGGGGAGUUCCGCCCCGUCAUCGAGCUGGGACGCCAGUCAGCCGCCUACUGGAACCGGCAGAAGGAUUUCCUGGAGCGGACGCGGGCUGCGGUGGACCGAUGCAGGGUCAACUACGAAGUUGUGGAGCCCUUCGCGGUGCCGCGGCGGGUUGUGCCGAAGGUGACCGUGUACCCUGCAAAGACCCAGCCCCUGCAGCACCACAACCUCCUGGUCUGCGCUGUGAGUGGUUUCUAUCCAGGCCACAUUGAAGUGCGGUGGUUCCGGAAUGGAGAGGAAGAGGAGGCUGGGGUCGUGUCCACGGGCCUGAUCCGUAAUGGAGACUGGACCUUCCAGACCCUGGUGAUGCUUGAGACAGUUCCUCAGAGUGGAGAGGUGUACACGUGCCAGGUGGAGCACCCGAGCGUGACCAGCCCCAUCACCGUGGAAUGGAGGGCACAGUCUGGAUCUGCACAGAGCAAGAUGCUGAGUGGAAUCGUGGCCUUUGUGCUGGGUCUGCUCUUCCUGGGGCUGGGUCUGUUUACCUACUUUGGGACUCAGAGAGGUAAGACCCAUUGGUAG